AUGGAAGCAUAGUUUGCAGAUUCCUCUGCAAAGCUUACUGAGAAAGUGAAAAUGCAGUGCAUAUAUAAAAAAAAAAAAAAAAAAGCUGUGAUAAUCCAGACAUCCUGGAUGAGACUUAAUGUAACUCUUAGAGAAAAUACAGCUGUCUUGAAUCCAACCUAUGGCAUACAGACCAAAGACAAAUACAAUAGAAUUUAUUUUAAAAAAAUGCUCUUCAUCAAGAGCACUUUGGAAGGUGAUGGUCUCCAUAUAAGCAACAUUUUCUCCAUUGUGACUAACCCAGAUGGAAUUUUGAGAAAGGUAAUAGAAAUUACUCAUUCAACAGAUGCUUUUGAAGUGUCUGAGAAACAAAAUAAUCCCAUGUUUACCAAGCCAGGAGGAAAUGUUGCUUUUACUUGCCCAGAUAAAAUUGGAGAUUCAGUGAAGAGAGCGAUGUGGGAAAGGAUUAAAGCAGAUUGGGUAGAUUUUGUCAUUCUGUGCAACUCGUCAGGAAAGCAAAGCUUUGGUUUAGGUUUCAAAGAAUGUACACCACUGGAUUGCUCUGAUCAGGAAAUCUCCAGGAUUGUCUUUCAAAACAUUACAGCCUCUGACUUUGCGAUGUACUUUGGUGUAGCAGCUGGGAGAAACAAAGACUAUAUGAUGAAUUUUACUAUGGCUGCUGUUGCUGAGAGGAGCUCAAGAACUUUUGAAGAGCAGGAAUCUUCGGUGAAAGGCUGUAUUAAGAGCACAGGAUUAUUUUCAGAAGAGGUAGCAGUCCAGAAACUGCUGAUUCUGAGAGGUGCAGCUUGGGGUCACAAAUGGCUUAUUACCUAUCUAGCUGAAAGGAUUUCUGCUGCUGUUUUGGUGUUAGAGUUCCUACUGAUCUUCUGCAUCACCACUGUUUAUCACAAAAAAAAGAAGAGGAGGGUCACAGACGCUUUAUCAAAAGUUUGUACUCUACUCAGAUCUGGUGUAGCAGUCUGUGUUUUGGAACAGUGA